UUCUCUUUCACACCUUCAGCUCUUUCAACAACCUAAUCCUCUUCUUCCCGACGCGUUUUUUCUCCCUCGGUUCCCUUUUUCAUUCUUCAUCUCCGUCAGCUUAUUCAUUGUUUCCAGAAACGGAAAAGUUUACUGUGUGUUAUGGGUUAAAUCCUUUUAUCAUAUAAUUUUUGUCUAGGUUUUUUCUUCUUUUCUAAAAUCCUCUUUCCGAUUAAUCGUUCUGUAAGGCUCUGUUGUGAUCUUGAACGAAUUCUUGUGUUUUAAUUUCUAGGUUUUGUUAGGUGUGUAAGAUUUAGGGGGUUUCGAAGAGCAUAGAAUAAUGCCUUCGGUGCCCGUUAUUGAACUCCUACUACGCCAUUUGGUUCCUUCCAUAACCAUUUUUCAUGGUGGAUCCUCCUCCCAUCGUCUGAAACAUCUUGAAAAAAGUGAUCGGCGUGGUAAUCUUAGUUAACAUUCGCUUUUUUGGUUUUUCUUUCUUCUUUUUUAUCCCCUCUUUUUCUUGAUUGACUCCCCUUUCUCUCUUGCUACCGUUCUUUCUUCUCGUUCGCGUGGCUUUUUGUUUGUUGUGGUGUUGGUUUCUUCUGGUUCGAGUUGCGGGUUACUUCGUCGACGAAUUUUGGGGAUCUAGGGAUUGAUCUAGCUGUUUCUGUGAUUGCUCCUGAUUUGAGAGUUUUGCAGCUUUAAAUUCCACACCUUUUUAAGGUGAUAAUUGGGCAUUUAUCAUUCAUCUGGUAUUUUGUUUCUUUAAGCUGCUUUGUAGCAUCAGAUAUAAUCAAUGGACACACACACUCCUGUCAAUGCUGUGCACAACACCGCCAUAAGUGAACUUGAAAGUAGGUUUAGUGAAGUAUUACAUAUUCAAGGCAAUCAGAAAUCUGAACAUGCAUCCGAGGGGAAUGAUAUCUGUAAUAAGGCAGAGGAAAACAGAUGUGAAGGUGUUAACCAGAAAGAAACAAAACUAGAUGUCAAGUGCUUGAAAAAAAGUCCAACUUUUCCAGUUUCUAAGAUAUUGGUGCCUUCAAGUUCUUCUGACGAGGAUGUUGAUGUAUCAUCUCCAGAAUCAUCACAUGAUCAGUCUCCUCUGCAGCAAACCUAUUCACGAUCAUUAACUUUUCCUCUGUGCCUUCAGGCUCCUCGGAAGCUUAUAUCAGCCAUGAAAGGUAGCCGUGAGAAGAACAAUGGUGGAUCACCAACAAAAUUGACUGUAAAAUGGGCACCAGAUGUUUAUGAUCCAGUACCUUCAUUAGUCUCUCACACAGUCAGAAGUAGGAAGCAGCCGAAAUCCAGGAAGAAGAAGGCUGAAAAGAAGAAUGGGAAGAAGGGUCAGAAGAGCAGCAGUUCGCCGCGGGGGAGCAGCAGCAAAGAUAAGAGGCAUUUUCGAAAGCUUGGUGGAACUUCUGAUCUGAGCUAUAAAUCGCCGGACCCUCAUGACAAUGUGAUUGAAGUGAAUCAAGUGAUGGAAGGUUCUACCGAAUUUGAUGCGCUGGAUGUUCGUAGCCAAGACCCCUACUGUGGAACCAGUUUCUUGAAAACAUCCGUUACUGAAGUGCACUUCUCCCUCACAGAAGCGCAAUGAGUCAAACUUAUCGAAUAUUUUGUCCUAUCUACAGCAAUGUGUAUAAAUAAGUGUUGUUCUCUUUAGCAUGUAUGGUGAAAAACUGUUGGACACUCUUCAUAGAGAAGUGGCAGUUUAAAACAUGAUGUUUUGUAGAAACAAGGUUAAUGUUCGGAACUCA